UAAAAAUACUGUUCAGUUAUCUUUCAAUUAGCUGCAGUUAUAGUUGUGUCUAUAUAAGUGAUCCAACAGCUAUGAAUAUUGUUACUAAAUAUUUUAACUGCAACAUUUUAAAAGAUGGACAAAUUCUUGCACACGACCUAUGGGUCGUGGAUGGUCGAAUAGAAAAUCCUGAAAUUAUAUUUUAUGACAAUAAAAAAAUUCCAGACAUUGAAAUUGAUUGCCUAGGAUCUUUAAUAACUCCUGGAUUUAUAGAUUUGCAAAUCAACGGAGCUUUUGGAGUUGAUUUUACUUACCAUAAUGGAGAUGGGCUUGAUAUAGUUAGAAAAGGAUUAUUAAAAUACGGUGUUACUGGAUUUUGUCCUACUAUAGUCUCAACAACCAGUUCAAAUUACCAUGAAAUAUUACCUAAGUUCAAACGUUGUCGUGGUGAUGAACAAGGAGCUGCAGUUUUAGGGGCGCACGUUGAAGGUCCAUUCAUUAGUGGUCUAAAACAUGGGGCACAUAGUCUUUCUAAUAUAAAAACCUUAGAAAAUUCUAACUUGAUAGAUACUUAUGGUAGCUUGGAUAAUAUACAAAUAGUUACUCUAGCUCCUGAACUUAAUGGUUCAAUGGAGGUAAUCAAACUAUUAUCUAAUAACGGAAUUGUAGUAUCAUUAGGACACACAUCAUCAAAUAUGGAAACUAGUAUACAAGCAGUAAAAAAUGGCGCUACAUUUAUUACACAUUUAUUUAAUGCAAUGCUUUCUUUUCAUCAUAGAGAUCCAGGGUUGAUUGGACUCAUAGCAUGUCCACCUACCGUUGAGAAGCCAUUAUUUUUUGGUAUUAUAGCUGAUGGUACUCAUACACAUCCAGCAGCAUUAAAAAUUGCCCAUAAAGUCAACCCAGAAGGACUUGUGUUGGUAACAGAUGCAUUGUCAGCUAUUGGGCUACCCGAUGGAAUUCAUCAUUUGGGUGAUGAGCAGAUAGAAGUAAAGAAUUCAAAAGCAUACAUAGCAAACACAAAUACAUUAUGUGGUAGUGUGACUUCUUUAGAUGAAUGUAUGAGAUAUUUUAUUGAAGCAACAAAUUGUAGUGUUGCUGAAGCAAUUGAGACAGUAACUUUACAUCCAGCUCAAGUUUUAGGGAUACAACAAUUUAAAGGCACACUUAACUAUGGAGCUGAUGCUGAUUUUGUAUUUUUGGGACCUAAAUUAAAUGUUCAAUCAACUUGGAUCAAUGGACAGUGUGUGUUUGAACAUAAUAGUGGAGCUGGUUAUAUUGUGAAAAAAACUACAUAAAUAUUUAUUACUUUUUAGUUAUUAUACUUGACAAUUUAUUAAUUUUUAAACCAAAUAUUGUAAUUUAAUCAAUAAUAUCACUUAAUGUACAUAUAAUGAAACUUAAAUUAUUGAAUAAAAAGACACUAACGGGAUAGUCCCAUUAAUUGAUGAAAGAACAAAAUAAAAUAAAUACAACUUUGAAGUA